AAGGUCGCAAGGAGUUAGGCCAAGGCUGGGGAGUGUCCAGGGCUUGGGAAGCUGGACUGUGGGGGGGGGGGGGGGGACAACGCUAUGGGGAAAGGGAGGCUUUGGUGCCCACCCAAGAGUUGUUGCAGGCAACUAGGGAGGGGGAGCCACAGGGCAGGGACGGGUGCCAGAAAGAGGGUCUUGUAUCCAGGCACGGCCCCAGACUCCCCUGCCAACCAAGGUCCCCGCCCCGGAGAGGUCAGCAGGGCACCCCAGCUUCCAAAGCCAAAGAAGUGCAGGUGUCCCAGGCCACCGCUGUGGCCGGGCCUGCAGGACUCUGCCACUGGGGACGCUGGGCUCACGGCCUGCACCCAGCCGGCUCUCUCCAGGCCCUGGCAUCUGUCACAGGGUCAGCAGGGCCUGGGCCCCAGGGGAGCCGGCUGCUGAUGCAGCAGCCUUGCAGAGAGAAAGGCUCAGGGGUGCACAUGAGAGCCCGUGAAGAGAUUCAGGGUGCUGGGCUGGCCUUGCCUCACGCACACGAAGCUGCUCAGGCUUCUGCCAGCUUUGGCAACUUGCGUUCCGGAGAAACCACUCACGAGAGACGUUCUAGGCUCUGGGGGAUGUAGGGCAGGGGCGCCGGGCGCCUCUGAUUGGUCCGGCACAAGGUGGCAAAGGCAGGUGAGGGCGGGUGGAGGGGAGCGGGCUUCCCGGGGGUGCUUCCUAGAACACUUCCGCCUCUCCAGGUAUCUGACCAGACUGGCUUUUCUGGAUCCCUAAGCUUAGGGCAGUGCCCAUGUCACUGGGUGAGGAUGACAGAAUUUAGGGCAGAGGCCCUGGGGAGCAUGAGGCUUCGAGAGAGACAGACUCACGAACACCCACAUGGCAGAACACACCUGCCCCAGGUUCCCACAGGUCAACACUUCUCAGAUGCGCACUUCCCAGGCGCCAGGACCCGGGGGGACCCACCUCAACAAUGGCAGUCACCAGCAAGGGCACCUGGGAGGCGGCCUCUGCUCCACCCCGAGGUUGCCUGAGCUGGGAGGUGGUGACUGCUCUCCCAACCAUCCUCAUCCCCCAGAUGUCUGGCUCCGUGGGAAUGCAAUGGGGACAGCCCAGUCCCUGACCCCAGGCCCUGCCUGGACACGUCUGCUUCUUUAGGGCUGAAUCAGGCAAGGCUUUAACUUAGGAUUGGGCCCAGACUUCUGGUCCCUGCUGGGGCUUCUUCAGGGCUGGGCACACUUCCACGAGGUCUCCCCGCCCAGAGGGGCUGGAGGUCAGGGGUAAAGGGCCCUUCUCCCCCUCUCCUUGUAGAUCCACAUGCCAGGGCUCUUUAUCCCUUCCCCAAGACCCUGGUGGGCUGAGCCAGAUCCCAGACACUCAGGUAUCGGGCUGGCUACUCGCUGCCAGCAGCAAGGGCAGGAGGGCCCUUCACAAGCCCCUGCUGUGUGCCACACCCGGGCACGCCUCGGCGUGGCUCCCCAACCCCCCACACGCACAGAGCAUGAGCUCACACGCAUGCGCCACCACGCCUGUCCUGGGUCCUGUCUGCCCAGGGCCAGCUUCUAGGUCAGGCCCGCGCAUGACUUCCGGGGAGAACCAGUGGCAGGGGCAGCCCCCAGGACCCUCUUCCAUUGACCCUCAGCCUGAACCUGAGCUUGAACCUGAGGCGGAGCCUAUGGGUGUCACUGCCAUCCCCACAGCCCGCCCUGUGCCCUGCUCUCUGCCCAGGGUGCAAGAGCCAGCCCCCAAGGGGCUCUAUCAGGACCCCCCAAGUUCCUGGGAGGAGGGGGCCCUGGCUGACCUGGCAUUGUAUGCGGCUGCCUGCCUGGAAGAGGCUGGCUUUGCGGGGACCCAGGCAACAGCCCUCACACUGUCCUCAGCCCUGGAGGCCCGGGGGGAGCGUCUGGAGGAGCAGGUGUAUGCCCUGGUGCGCGGGCUGCUGGCACAGGUGCCCAGCCUGGCCGAGGGGAGGCCCCGGCAGGCGGCCCUCCGGGUACUGAGUGCGCUGGCCCUGGAGCAUGCUCGGGAGGUGGUGUGUGCGCUGUUGCCCAGCUCGCUGCCCCCGGACCGGGUGGCUGCUGAGCUGUGGCACAGCCUGAGCCGAAACCAGCGCGUGAAUGGGCAGGUGCUGGUACAGCUGCUGUGGGCACUGAAGGGCGGAGCCGGGCCCGAGCGGGAGGCACUGGCGGCCACUCGUGCCCUUGGGGAGAUGCUGGCUGUGUCCGGCUGCGUAGGCGCCACUCGGGGCUUCUACCCACACCUCCUGCUCGUGCUGGUCACACAGCUGCACCAGCUGGCGCGGCGCGCGUCCUCCCCUGACACCCCCAAAGCUUGGACCCCAUCGCACCGAGGGCCGCCACACAGCCACGCCAGCUGCGCUGUGGAGGCCCUGAAGGCCUUGCUCACCGGGGACGGCGGCCGCAUGGUGGUCACGUGCAUGGAACAGGCUGGAGGCUGGAGGAGGCUGGUGGGAGCCCACACCCACCUCGAAGGCGUCCUGCUGCUGGCCAGUGCCAUGGUGGCCCACGCGGACCACCACCUGCGAGGCCUGUUCGGGAACUUGUUGCCCCGGCUGCGCAGCGCCGACGACACGCGGCGCCUCACGGCUAUGGCCUUCUUCACCGGGCUGCUGCAGAGUCGGCCCACGGCAGGGCUUCUGCGGGAAGAGGUCAUCCUGGAGCGGCUCCGCGCCUGGCAGGGCGACCCCGAGCCCACCGUGCGCUGGCUGGGCCUGCUCGGCCUAGGCCACCUGGCGCUGAGCCGCGGGAAGGUGCGGCACGUGAGCAAGCUGCUGCCCGCGCUACUGGGCGCGCUGGGCGAGGGCGACGCGCGGCUCGUGGACGCCGCGCUGGGCGCGCUGCGGCGGCUCCUGCUGCGGCCUCGGGCGCCCGUGCGGCUGCUGAGCGCCGAGCUGGGGCCGCGCCUCCCGCCGCUGCUGGACGACGCCCGGGACUCGGUCCGCGCCUCGGCUGUUGGACUUCUCGGGACGCUGGUGCGGCGGGGCCGGGGCGGGCUCCAGCUGGGGCUCCGCGGCCCCCUGCGGAAGCUGGUGCUGCAGAGCCUCGUGCCGCUGCUCUUGCGCCUGCAAGAUCCCAGCAGGGACGCCGCUGAGAGUUCAGAGUGGACCCUGGCCCGCUGUGAUCACGCCCUCCGUUGGGGCCUGCUGGAGGAGAUGGUCACCGUGGCCCACUACGACAGCCCUGAGGCCCUAAGCCGCAUCUGCCACUGCCUGGUUCAGCAGUACCCGAGUCACAUCCCCAGCUUCCUGAGCCAGACCCAGGGCUACCUGCGGAGCCCGCAGGACCCCUUGCGCUGGGCAGCUGCUGUGCUCCUAGGCUUCCUCGUCCAUCACACAAGCCCCAGCCGGGUCAACCAGGACCUGCUGGACUCCCUGUUCCAGGGUGGCGCUGCUGGCCCGCGCACAGCCGGGGCCGCGCCUCCCGCGUCUCCUCCGCCUGGGCCUCUGGCGCCGCGCGGGUCCCCACCGACCCCCACCAGUCUACGCGAGCAGUCCAUUCCAGCCCCGGAGCGUCGUGGGCCGCUGGGGCUGCUUGGGAUCCGGCUGUGCCUGACCCCAAGCCAGCCCGCAGGGUACCUGGGUCUGAGGCAGGCACCGCACUGCUCUGUGGUUCAUCCUGGGUGGGGGGUGGGGGGAGCGAUCCGCAGAAGAGGCUCCGCUCCAGGGGCCCCUGGACCCGGGACCAGAUGCUGUGAGCAAGCCCCCUCCCCCUCUCCUGCACACAAAUCCUCCAGGCCCAGGGCCACGAUGGCCACGUGAGCUGGGAUGGAGACGCCUCCUGUCCUGAGUACUGUUUCAGCUUGGGUGAAUCCGUCCCCACUCAGGCCAGACCUGUUGCUCUCCAAGCGCCCAGGAGUGUGCCCCCACCUCUGCCAACCUCAGCCUGGGCUCCCGAGCUGGGGUCUGGUUGGGGACACUGUGAAACUAGCCCAGCCCGGGGAGCUGGUGCCCUGGCAGGCUGCCUGCUCUCCGGGUCUCUGUCUCUGCGCACAGCCUGGCUCGGGCUCCCCUGCCUUCCUUGGCACCCCUGCCCGGCAGCCCAUCAUCCUCCAUCGUGUGUCCACUCAUCACCGGCCUGUCCCCACAUCCCCACACCCUCAGCCCUGCUAGCCUGCCAGACCUCACCUGAACCUUCUCCAGGAGGUUCCCCUGACCGCCCCACGGGACACCACAGGCGUGGGAUGAUACCUGUGGGCUCAGGUGUGGGGUGCCGACAUCUGCACCCCAC